AUGGGUGCUGUCAGGAAAAUCAAGACCAAGCGCAGGACUAGAGACUACGAUCAAGUCCGCGCGGAUAUCCAGUCGUCUAAGCAUCUCACACAGUACAAAGCUACCAAAGAUCCAGAGGACCUGCCCGGCCUGGGACAACACUAUUGUGUCGAAUGCUCCAAAUGGUUUGAAAGCGAGUUCAACCUGGUCGGCCAUAAGAAGGGCAAGAACCACAAGAGAAGACUACGCAUCAUCCGCGAAGAAGCUCAUUCGCAAAGAGCUGCGGAGGCCGCAGUUGGCCUGGGUACCGACAAUGGCGUGAGGGUGCAGGAAGAGACCGUGAUGGCCAUGGAAGAUUAA